CAGCGUGUGCUGACCGGUUAUAGCUUAUGUAUUGAACUGAUAGCCGGUGAAAAUGGCUAUCACGGACUGUUCUGAGAGUAAGACCGGUUUGUGUUAGAUUCGCAGCAUAGCCACUGACUUCAGAUAAGCACGUUUCAAGUUUGCCUUUCCAAACGGAACAUCGAGCUCCUAUAUGCACCGUACAAAGCGGUUCCGUUUGAGGCAGGAUUGGGGAACUCAGGGAUGGGUUUCGGAACCAAACCUGCCCGCUAUCUGCGCAUAGACAGGUGUAUUACCUGUGGACGCCGGGUACACGGACCUUGUUUACCAUAUCAUGCCGCUAUCGGAGCGCUUGACGUCCAGAUGCAAUUCACGCAGCCCCACGAUGGCGUGAUUACCUGGAGGAUCCCAAAAGCGAGGGCAUGCCGCGCACUCCGUAUGCUUGGCUCACGCGACUGACAAUACGGCCUGGAUCUGCCAGAUUCAGACGAUAUACUGAACUGGCCUCUAGCCUGCUCAAUAUUGGACUGGAUUUAUUUCGGCCUGGACGUAGGUGCAUCGUGCUUUAAAGCGUUUGUAGCCUGCUAUAGAGAGUGUGUGUCCGUCGUCUUUCCGGAUUUUGGUGGAGACAAAGACCGUGCGUGGGGAGGGGAAAAGUACACUAUGGCUACGGUUCGGUUGGACGGGUUGGACCAGCUGCCCGAAAACGGUACCGUGUCGCAGACACCAGAACCUCAUAUGUCGAAGCUGCUUUCACAGGUGGACAAUGCUGUGUUGCCGUUUCUCGGCGGUUUCGGGAGGUACCAGAAGCGUCUCGUGGCUCUGACGUGGAUCCCCGCGCUGCUCAUCGCGUUCAGCCAGUUCUCGGAUUAUUUUCUCCUCGCUCAGCCCAAGAGCACAUGCGCUCACUCGGACGGCAGCGCGACAAACGAGACCGGCGUAGCGGUCCCUGGCAGGGAUUUAAGCGAGAGCACUCUCUCACUGGAUGUGUUGAGUAAUGCCACUCGGGCUGAAAGCAGCAGUGUGCGGUGUAUGUGCACGCAGGGCAGAUUUGAACUACAGUCGGGACUGCAGCAAAAUGUAGUCACCAAGUGGCAGCUGGUGUGUGAUGCGGAGUGGAAGGUCCACAUUGCUAAGUUCUCUCUCCUGGUGGGUUCCAUAUUUGGCUAUCUGCUGAUGGGGGCUAUGGCAGAUUGGUUAGGACGUAUUCCAGUGCUACUGGUAUCGGUGCUGUCUGUGCUGGUAUUUGGCAUAUGUGUGGCCUUCUCCAUGGACGUGGCCAUGUUUAGUACUUUGCGAUUCUUCGAGGGCUUUUGUCUGGCCGCCAUCCGCCUCUCCCUCUUUGUAUUGAGGAUUGAGUUGUGUUUGCCUCGUUGGCGCUUCUCCAUGAUGAUGGUUGCCAGUCUGGUUGUUGUGGGUGGGCAGCUGCUGAUGCCUGGCUUGGCAGCGGUCUGCCGCGAUUGGCAGACUCUCCAGGUCCUCAUCAUCAUCCCAUUCGUUCUCAUGCUUCCAUAUGUUUGGGUGUUUCCUGAGUCACUGCGCUGGUUGUUGGCCACACAACACUAUCAAAGAGCAAAGAGGCAAAUGUACUCCAUUGCCCAGAAUAACGGCGUUGACAUGGCAACGGACCCGAGUGGCAUUCUCUCAGAGCUGGCGAGCGAGCUGCGACAGAAGCCAAGGACAUGCUGCGUUACACAGCUGAGCAGCACAAGAAACCUGUGGAAGAGCACAGUGGUGCUCUGUGUCAACUCGCUGACGGGCUAUGGCAUCCACCAUUGUUUUGCACGCAGUGUGCUGGAGGGCAGCACAUCGCACCUGCACUACUAUGCCCUGGCAGCCAUUGCCAUGGCAUCGUGCCUUGUGCUCUGCCCUGUAGUCACAGCCUUUGGCAGGAGAGGCGGCCUUCUGACCUUCAUGAUCAUUACGGCGCUGGCCUCCUUACUGCAACUCGGCCUGCUCAGCUUAAUAGGAAAAUACAGUCUUCGCCAUGAUGCAGUUCUGAGGGACACGCUGAAUCGGCGCUUUUCGGUGGCGUUUUCCAUCAUUGGAAUGUUCUCCUCUCACGCUGUCAGCACUCUCAGCAGCUUCUACUGUGCGGAGAUCACGCCUACUGUCAUCAGGGGUGGAGGCGUAGGUCUGGUCCUCGCGAGCGCAGGGUUUGGCAUGCUAACGGCUCCGCUCAUGGAGCUCCAUAACCAGAAAGGCUUCUUCCUCCACCAUGUCAUCCUCACCUGCUGCACUCUGCUCUGCAUCAUUUGCAUUCCGUUGCUGCCGGAGACCGCCCGACAACCCCUGCCCGAGACUCUGGCUGAAGCUGAGGGGCUGUUGCGCAGGCCCCUCCUCCCUGGAGAACAGCACCACCUCCUAGCCAGGCCAGAAGUCAGGGAGUAUUCCCGUGUUCAGGACACGCCCCUUCACCAGGCAGCCAAUCCCAGCAACAGCACAGCGCCAAGUAACAGCACAGCGAAUGGAGUGAGGACUUGAUAAUGUAUGUGUUGCAUGAAUCAAAGCACAGGCCAUAGGAAGAACAGCGGCAAUGAUCUGAAUGGCUUUAUGAACAAGGACGCAUCAUGAGGUUAAAACCACUAUAAGAAUUUCUGGAGCUUUUUUAACCAGUGAAUGAUGACAAAUGUCUGACUAUGAAACAGGUUAUAACUAUUCAUAAUGUCAUAUCUCAUCAGCCAGCUGAAGUGAAAAUGGACAGUGUGGAGUUUUGUGAUGAUAGAUAUUGGUAUAACUUCACUCACAAUGAAGUUCACAGUGAACUAAAUUAUAUUUUUUUGAAUGAUCACAAAGUUGAUGUUGAAUUACUGGUGAUGGUGACAAUGCUGAGUUGCCUGUUUUCAUGUUUUCUAAAGCUCAACUGGAAUUUUGCACUAAGCCCAGAAAAAGCAAUCAUGUGUCAAUCUAAAUCUGUAAUUAUGGUUGUUUUAUGCAUAUGAGAGAGAUGGAUUAUGCACUGUGGAUUACGAUUGUUGAAAUGCAUCAGUCUGAAUCCAUGGACCUUUUCACAUUCAGGUGUGUUGUGAUAUUCCUACUUCCAUUUAAUUAGAAUCUUAUUGCGCUGAUGGUUUUGGUACAAAAGCCUUCAGAAUGCACAGACAUGUUUUAGAGCUUCAAGUUUGGGUGUAUGGGCAAAUGUCCUAUAUAAUUGUACACUAUAACAGUUACUAUUUCCAUUUGGAAAUGUAAAAAUUUGAAGACAGCAUAGCACAGAGAGAGUAAGCCCUCCAAACUGGCUACUAUUUCCUGUAAGGGUAUGUUGGGCAAAGGGCCCUCUACCAACUUUAUAUUAUCAGUGGGUGUGUCCAUAAGUUGGUGACUUCUUAUCCAGUCCUCAGGGCCCACUGGAUGGUCCACAUUGUCAGUUUAUCCCAGUUUCCAGUUGGUUUGAGUGUUCUGAGAGCUGGGAGGCAGCUCCCAGAGAACUGGGUGGGGAAACUUUUAUAAAAUGUAUUUCUUCCAUUAGUGAAAUGGUUGUCAGAGACAACCAUUUCACUGUCUUGUGCAUAUUGGUGCCUGCAAGGUUUUUGACAAGGGGCCCAUACAAGUGCACUGUACAACUGGCCUUAAAGUGUGACUGCUAAUCUGAGGCUCUGUUUUGACAAAGUUAAAUCUGGUUCACACAUCUGAGAUCUUGUCCUUUGUAUUUGAACAGAAACCAUGCUCAGUGAGGAAUUUUCAUUUCUGAACUGGAUCUGAUUAUUUCAGCAUCAUGUGCAUAUAAGGAAAACUUAUAUCUAGUUGCGUAUAGAAUUUGCGUAUAGAAUUAAUAGUUUGCUAGUACCAAUUAUUUUCUUUCUCCUGCACAAUAGUUUCGGGACAAAUGACUAUCUUCCAGGGCCAUAAUGGUGAUGAACACAUCUGCAGCCAGCACAUAAAUCUUCAAAAUAUCUCAUCUGUAUUUAAAUAGACUGCCAAAUGAGUCUCCUUAGAUGAGAUGUACUUAUCUUGCAUUACUUAUUCAGUAGUGAAUCUGACCAGUAAUGUGCAGAGUAGGGUAGAGUGAUUAAUGAAAAUGUAUCCUUUUGUCUGGUUUUAUAAGACAUUGCACUUGUAAAUAAAUAUGUUUGAUUAAACCAGUUAUUUAUUGAUGACAUUUCAGUAAAGCAUUCUUAAAGA